AUGCCCAUGGUAGUAGCGCUGGUCGUUGCACUCCUGGCACUGGGGAUUUUGCUGCUCUUCGUGCUCUUCAGGCGAAAGUACAACAGUUCAAAAACCUCGGAGAACAACAGCACUAUCCCCCUGCGAAGAUGUCAAGGAGGUGUGCGCAAGCUGAACACACAGAUCCCCGUGGAGGAACUGCUGGAGGCUCUGAAGAGGUUUAAGAGGGCAGAAGUAGAGGCAGAGCAGACAGAGGAUGAAUCAGUCAACAGGCAUGACGCUGGGCGUCUGAGAGAGUAUCAGCAACUGUCCUCCACUUUGUUGCAUCCCUGCGAUGCUGGGAAGGAGCUGUGUAAUCAGAACAAGAACCGCUACAAGAGCAUCAUCCCAUAUGAUUACUGCCGUGUGGUGCUGCAGCACUCUGACAUGGGGAAAGGCUACAUCAAUGCCAGCUACGUGGAUAGCUACCGGAGUCCACGCUUCUUCAUUGCAGCUCAAGGCCCUUUGCCUGGGACAGUGGUGGAUUUCUGGCAAAUGAUCUGGCAGGAGAAGACCUCGGUCAUCGUGAUGCUGACAGGCUUGGUGGAGCAGAACAAGACCAAGUGCGAGCAGUAUUGGCCAGAGCAGGAACAGGUCUACGGGGACUUCACCGUGACACUCAACACCACCAGGACCACCACGGGCCUUGUCACACGUACCUUCUGCCUGCAGAAGGCAGGCUAUGCUCUCCCAAGAGUGGUGGAGCAGUUUCACUACCUGCUGUGGCCAGACCACGGGGUCCCCAGAAACCCUGCCCAGCUCCUCUGCUUAGUGGAAGCGGUGAACAAGAGGGGGUUGGAAGCGCCUGCUGGACCUGUGCUGGUGCACUGCAGUGCAGGGAUCGGACGGACAGGUACCUUCAUCGCCCUGGACUUCCUCCUGAAGAUGGGGAAGGCUGAGGGGAAGGUGGAUGUGUUUCACUGCGUGCAAAGGCUGCGGGAGCAGCGGGUCAGCAUGGUGCAGACCAAGGAGCAGUACACCUUCCUGUAUGAGGUGCUUCUCGAAGGCUUGCUCUGCAGCAGCACCGGGGUCCCAGUGGAGAGCAUCGCCAGCCAUGUCCGCUGCCUUCGAGAAGCUGAGACCUCAAGGCACAACAAUGUACUGGAGAAGGAGUUCAAGGCCCUGCAGAAGUUUUCUGAGUUGUUCCAGCUCCUGCCAUGCAGAGAAGCGGAGAAACCCAGCAACCAGCCCAAGAACCGCAAGCCAGGGAUCCUGCCAGCGGAUUCCUGCCGGCCCAUGCUGAUGUCCUCGCUGAAUGCAGAUGGCUCGCCAGGUUACAUCAACGCCGUGUUCGCCAAUACAUACAGCGAGGAGGACAGACUCAUCGUCACCCAGCUGCCUUUCUCCACCACGCUGGUGGAUUUCUGGGCUCUGGUCUGGGAUUACACCUGCACAUCGGUGGUUGUGCUGAACCAGCUCCAGGAGCUGGACAAGACAUAUGUGGAGUUCUGGCCCACCCAGGGUGAAGAUACCUAUGGACAUUUCCAUGUCCACCUGAUCUCAGAGGAGCCCGGAGUUGGCUUCGCAGCCUGGACAUUUGCCCUCACCAACAGGCAGCAGCCCAAGAAGUCUGCACUGGAAGUUCGGUUUUGGCAACUGAAGGACUGGCCCAUGCAGCAGCGUCUUCCCCCGCACCCUGCCACCAUCAUCAGCCUGCUAGGGAAGGUGGAGACACACCAUCGGCAGAGCCAAGAUGGACAUAUCCUUAUCACCUGCUGGGAUGGUGCUAGCCGGAGCGGAAUCUUCUGUGCUGCUAGUUUCCUGUGUGAGCAGAUCCAAAGUGAGGGGCUGGUGGAUGUAUCCCAGGCUGUGAGGAUGCUGAAGAGGCGGCGGAGACAGCUGAUUAAAGAUGUGGAGCAGUAUGGACUCUGCUACGAACUAGCCCUCAGUUACUUGAAUUCAUUUGAAACCUAUGGGAAUUUCAAAUAG